AAGAAUUUAAAAUGUGAAAAAAAUGGCGGGAUCUGUGGUAGUCGUAGAAACCAAUCGCCAAGAGAACGAUAAGCCAGUAAACACCAUUAAAGACCAAUGGCAAGUUCUUUUCGCUCGCUUCAUGAACUAUCCAUCUCUCCCUUCCACGUGUCCCUCUCUCGUACCUCUCCCUAAGAACCGACGAUUUCGCGCGCCUGAAGGCAACUGGAUCGCCACUUCUUUCCCAGCCGCUUCUCUACAGAUCAUCAGUGAUCUCUCCGGCUCCGAAACGAUCCUCGUCGUUUGUUUAAGCGAGAAGAUCCUUGAAAUCAGAUUCUGUUACAUGGUGCAGGAAGAGCACUAUAUUUCCAAGCUGCAUUUCUCCUGGCCUCAGGUUCAAUGCAUCCCUGAAUUUCCUGCUAGAGGUAGCAGAUCUGUGUUUGUAAGCUACAAAGACUCUGCCUAUGAGAUCCAGAAGUUUGCAUUGCGAUUUUCUACACUUCGUGAAGUAGAAUCAUUUAUGAAUACUCUGAGGGAGACCUUGAGGGUUGGGGAUGAAAUUGAGCCUUUACAAAGAGAUUUUGGAUCUGACUUUUCAACACAAACAGAGUUCAUAUCUAGUAACGGACUUCCUUCUAGAGUUUGUCAGGAGUUGAGUGAUAUGACUGCUGGCAAUUCUUACACUCCACAGAUGGAUCCAAGUUUGAGCUAUGAAAUUGAACAGCAGUCAUUUGAUCAAGAUGCCAUGCUUAAUCACAAUUGUGAAGGGAUUUUUCCAGCCUUGCCUCCCAGUUUCACAUCCUUAUUGACUGAUUGCCGCUCUGCUGCUGAACAAGCUGCCAAACAACCAACAGUAUCUGAGGAAAUUGAUCUCAAAUCUCAAAUUGUGAGGUACAUGGAAGAUUCUUCCUUCCAAGAUAUGUUGAGUAAAGUGGAGAAAAUCAUCAAUGAAGUUGAAGCUGAUAUGGUGCUGUAAUUGGCUUGUUGCCUGUGGCUUUUAUGGUUGUGUCUGAAGCACUUUGUCAUUUAUUUCUGGUUCCCCAAGUCAUGAAGUGGUGUUCAUCAACUACAUCAGGAGAUGGCCCACGGUAAAUUUGUCUCGACCCUGUAAGCUUUCAAGUAUGUUUUUGCAAAAUAAAAUAGUAAUUGCACAAUAGGAUUGUAUAGCGAAUGUACAUCAGCUGCAAAAGUAAAUAUACCACUAUCUUUAAAAUCUGGUUUUGUACAUUGUUUUCA